UGCAGGCGCGGGGCGCCAGGGCCUGCGGCGGCUUCGUCCCCUGCGGCGGGUCGGGGACCUGCCCGGGACCCCCUCCGCGCGCCCCGGGCGAGGGGGUCAGCACGGCACGGCGUCCCCGUGCAUAAACACUCGUCCCAGCGUUUUGUUUGCAGUCGGUCGCUGAUUAACCCGCAUUCAGCAAUUCGACAAUUAAAAUGCAGUGCUGGGGCAUGGCCGUCAAUGUGUACUCCACGUCGGUGACCAGCGAGAACCUGAGCCGCCACGACAUGCUGGCCUGGGUCAACGACUCCCUGCAGCUCAACUACACCAAGAUCGAGCAGCUCUGCUCAGGUGCUGCCUACUGCCAGUUCAUGGACAUGCUGUUCCCGGGCUGCGUCCACCUGCGCAAGGUGAAGUUCCAGGCCAAGCUGGAGCACGAGUACAUCCACAACUUCAAGGUGCUGCAGGCCGCCUUCAAGAAGAUGGGGGUGGACAAGAUCAUCGCGGUGGAGCGGCUGGUGAAAGGCAAGUUCCAGGACAACUUCGAGUUCAUCCAGUGGUUCAAGAAGUUCUUCGACGCCAACUACGACGGGAAGGAGUACAACCCGCUGCUGGCGCGGCAGGGCCAGGACGUCGCGCCCCCCCCAAACCCAGGUGAUCAGAUCUUCAACAAACCCAAGAAACCCAUUGGCACUGCAGUCCCCCAGAGGACCUCGCCGACGGGCCCCAAGAGCACGCCGAACCCGGCCCGCCUCAGCAACGUCCCCAGCAACGUCCUGCGGAAAAACUCCCCGGCCGCCCGCAACGGCGGCCCCGACGCCGACGCGCAGAUCCUGGAGCUCAACCAGCAGCUGCUGGACCUGAAGCUGACGGUGGACGGGCUGGAGAAGGAGCGGGACUUCUACUUCAGCAAGCUGCGGGACAUCGAGCUGAUCUGCCAGGAGCACGAGCACGAGAACAGCCCCAUCAUCACGGGCAUCGUCAGCGUCCUCUACGCCACGGAGGAGGGCUUCGCCCCGCCGGAGGACGACGAGCUGGAGGAGCAGCAGCCGGAGGACCAGGACGAGUACUAGCCGCGGCGCCGAGCCGCCCCGCGCCGCGCCCCCGCCAUAGACAUUGGAGGUUUUGAGUUUGUCCGCCUCGCCCCGCACUCUCACGCGUCCUCACCGCCUGCCCCGCCGGCCGCCCCGCGGGAAGCCGUAAUAAAUAUAUAUACUGCAGAGAGGAGAGCGCGGCUGUAAAUACGCCAGCGGCCGGGGGGGGCUCUGGCCCUGGCCCUCGCCACGUUCCCCCCCACCCCCCCGUAUUUAUUUCGGUCGUCUUCCUCGCGCCGCGCCCCGAGGCCGUGGGGAUGGGCUGGAUGGGCUCCGGAAAGGGACGCGGGGGUCCGGUUUCCUCGAGGGAAUAGUGCAAAACUCCCAGCGUGGCCGGAGCAGCAGCCGUGCACCCGCUGGGGUGGCAGUGGGGGGGCCGGGGGGGCCGCCACAGCCCCCGCCGGCCCCGGGAAGAGCGUCCCGGAGGGGAGCGGGCUGCCCGUGCCGGGGGCCGGCGGCUGCCCCGUCCCCCUGCCGCCGCCCUCGGCCGCUGCUGGUCCGACGAGGAUGGCACGCAGCGCCCGCCUUGGCCACCUCCCCGUCUGCAUCGCUUGUCUGGUCAGUCCCACCGGUUGCAAAGCCUGCAUCUGUGUUCAAGUUUUAUUUAAAAUAAACUCGUGUGGUAAAAGGUG